AUAUAUUGGUUUAAUUUAUAAUUCAUCAUUAGAGUUGAGCUCGAGUCGAAAUCAUGAUCUUAAUGAUGCGUCAAGUAGAUUUUGAUAACUGAGUCAGCUCGAGGUCGACUCGACUAAGCUCAUUUAUAUAUGAGCCAAACCCAAACUCUACUCGUUUAUUAAUGAGCCAACCCCAAAUAAAGAAAAACUCGACUCGACUCGACUCAUUAACAUCCCUACUACCUGUACAUGUCAGACAAGGCUAAAGGAAAUAGGGUCACACCAAGUUGGAUUCUUGACCCAUAAGGGUUGGGUAUUUUAGGGUUGUGGUAGGGCACGAGUUGGAUUUGAACAAGUUUCACCCCUAGUUUUAAGGGGCUAAAAUGAGUUUGAUUUGAGUGAGGGAAAAAAAAAAAGGGUAAACGGGUGGGACCCGUCACUUUAAAAAAGCUGACCCAUGCGAACAAAAGAGAGAAACGUGCCUUGCGAGUGAUGGGUUGCACGCAGCAGCCACAUUGGGUAGCCCGCAAGCGUGCAACCUAUCACCUCCUUUUUUAAUUAAUUAAAUUAAAAUUGUGUGCUUUGUAUUUUUUUGACUUUUUCAGCCAACGAAGUUCAUUUUGGUGUAAAUUUCGUCCAUUCAAAUUCUAUUUGAAGACCAAAGAUUAUAUUCAACAAACAAUUUCAAUUAAAUGAAAAGUAUUUGAAAAAAUUGAUUUCAACUAAAACCAAAAAUAUCUCAUAAUUUGUUCAAAUUUUUUCGGAAUGUUCGUAUUGAGAGAUUAUGAGUUAAUUUAAACAAUUAGAUUACAAAAUAUAAGUUUAAUUGUUCAUAGAUUAGAUUUAUUGAACACUAAAUAGAAAAUUAUAGUAUCGAGUUGCAACAGUUUCUGUUUUCUAUUAACUCCUUAUUUUUCGACCCCUCGUAAUUAACCAUAAGUCCAUAACAUAUAUGAUUUUUGUAAAUUUGUCUUGCUUGAUUUUUCAUGGUUAACCAAACCAAACUGAGUGUCAUAAAUAUAUUAGAGUAUUGAUUUCCACCUACAUUUUCUUAAGCUAUUUAUAAUCCUACAAAUAAAAUGAUGAAUUACAUGUUGGUUUCAUUCUGAAUUUUCGAUUUUAUUUGAGUACCCGAACUUCUCCUUUGGCUCUCUCCCUAGGCCCUCCUCGUCUAUCUCGCUUUCUUCAACAAACGCGCAGGAUUUAUUUGCUGUUUUCGCCUUUUCCGUUGGGGUUAUUUUCUCCUUUUUCUGAAUGUGAAGCCAAAACAAACGCAAGAAGGAAACAAAGCCCGUCUCCUUUUGGAGCUUGUGAGUUAUUAUCCAGAGAGAGGGGAAGUGUGAGACAACUAAAACCCUUCUUCUCCAAGUCCUCCUCACUCCGAUUUUUUAGAGGCAUUGGACUGGCAGCUGCAUCCGCACUGUUUCUACCGUUGCUGCUCUGCAACUCUCACAGGUUCCUUCUCUCAUUUGAGUUCUUCCGUCUUCCCUUUCUCCCGCUUGAACAACUUGUCAACUGAAUUGUCCACCUAGCUAUUGCUGCAUUUCUCGAUUCCUCUGUAGUCUCCUCACCAAAUCGGCGGCAUUUCUGGUUCCUGGCUCUCUUGGUAAUUUGGGGAACUGGGUCGUGUAUUUUUGCUGAAAGUUAUUCUUUUUCUGGUCCCAAGCAGGUCUAGCAAGUGAAUUGCUCCGCGUAUAAAGAUAGUUACUUUGAUAUUGUAUUGAAGCUGUACCCGUUGGUCGACCGCAAGAUGGCUUGUGUCUCGCCAUAUUGCUCGCCUACUGAUACUAGAACUCCGGCGGGAAUGUUGACGGUUCUCGGAGGGAGAGUGUCGAAGGAGAAUCACUUGCUCGCUGGUAGAGCCAGCAAUAGCUCGGUUAAGCUCGCAGACGAUAAAAAUAGGUUUAUGGGUGCUGGCCAGAAGUCGACUUUCCCUAUCGUCAGAGGUUCAACUAACUCUCACAGUGUCAGUCCUUACCACAGCAAAGACCCUUUUCUGGAUCUGCAUCCGGAGGUGUCGUUGCUCAGAGGCGAAGGAAAUAAUGUGGUUUCUACCCCAAGGAAGGAUUCUCCUUGUGGCAAUAUCACCGAUAGCUUAGUAGAUCAGUCUACCUCAACAAAUUCCAGUGAAGCUAAGAUCAAAGUUAUUGGUGUUGGAGGUGGUGGGUCGAAUGCAGUCAAUCGGAUGAUUGAGAGCUCAAUGAAGGGCGUGGAGUUUUGGAUUGUCAAUACAGAUAUUCAGGCAAUGAGGAUGUCUCCUGUAUAUCCAGAGAAUCGUUUGCAAAUCGGUCUUGAAUUAACUAGAGGUCUUGGAGCUGGUGGUAACCCAGAGAUUGGAACUAAUGCUGCUAAAGAGAGCCAAGAGACAAUAGAAGAAGCACUGAAUGGAGCAGACAUGGUUUUUGUCACAGCCGGAAUGGGGGGAGGAACUGGUACUGGUGGGGCUCCUGUAAUUGCAGGUAUUGCAAAAGCAAUGGGGAUCCUGACAGUUGGUAUAGUGACAACUCCCUUUUCUUUUGAGGGACGAAGGAGAGCUCUUCAGGCGCAGGAAGGAAUUGCAGCAUUAAGAGAUAAUGUUGAUACACUGAUUGUCAUUCCAAAUGACAAGUUAUUGACUGCUGUUUCCCAAUCUACUCCAGUAACAGAAGCAUUUAAUCUUGCUGAUGACAUUCUGAGGCAGGGAGUUCGUGGUAUCUCUGAUAUAAUUACGAUUCCAGGACUUGUCAACGUGGAUUUUGCUGAUGUCCGGGCAAUAAUGUCAAAUGCUGGUUCUUCACUGAUGGGGAUAGGAACAGCGACAGGUCAAACAAGGGCAAGGGAUGCUGCCUUAAACGCAAUUCAAUCGCCAUUACUUGAUCUUGGCAUAGAGCGUGCAACUGGAAUUGUAUGGAACAUUACUGGUGGAAAUGAUUUAACUUUGUUUGAGGUGAAUGCUGCGGCAGAGGUUAUAUAUGAUCUUGUAGAUCCAACUGCAAAUUUGAUAUUUGGAGCUGUCAUAGAUCCAUCAUUUACCGGUCAAGUCAGCAUAACUCUUAUUGCAACUGGGUUCAAGCGCCAAGAAGAAACUGAAAGCAGGCCCCUCCAGGCGAAUAAGGUAGGGUCAGGAGGAGAUGGCAAGGAUGGAAUGAACAGACGACCAUUCUCAUUUACCGAAGGUGGUUCGGUAGAGAUCCCUGAGUUUCUGAGGAAGAAGGGGCGUUCUCGUUUCCCAAGAGCAUAAAUCAAUCCUUUUGCAGGCUCUCCCUCUUCAUUUGCAAGCAGAUGUCGGUUUCCACAAUUCAACAGAGAAAACAUCCCCUUUCCCAGGGUCCAUGUAGUAUUGUGCUGUACGGUAUCUCUAUCAGAGUUCCUCAAAUCAACAGCGACAUCUACAAGGUUUGUGUCUGAUUAUAUAGCCAUCCAUAAUAAGGUUAGGUACUGUUUUUGUUUGUGGUGUAUAUCAUUAGAAUCUCUAGAGAAGACCAGUCAGUAGUUGUGUGUUUUCUUCUUCUUACCCCUGUCCUGAAUGCUUCAAUAAUCUCAUGAAUCUGAUCAGGCUACGAUCCUACGUGGCUUGUACAUAGUAUUGAUUCCGACCUAUGAGUUAUAUUUUUCGAAAAUCAUGGAUUGGUUUCUGGGUCCAUAGACAUCUUAGUGAAGCUAGUGAUCUGUGUUUAUGGAGUAGCAUAGAAAUGAACAGCAUGUGAAAGACGAGGACUUACCUUUGCUCUCCGUAGAGGCAAGAGGGCUGUGGGGGUUUGAGCCUAAGAGUCUGUUUGACCUUCAGCUAUGGCUGGCCUUCCCGUUCAUCGACUAGCCUGUGUUGAGUUGAUCCAUUAACUUGAGCUGUUUCAGUUGUGGAGGUCAAUCAUUCAUGGCAUGGGUGUUGCUUUCUGGGCAGCGAUUUCAUUCAUGCGACUGGUUGAUUUGGUCAUAUUCCUCAAUGGGUGGUGGACUUGAUUUGGGCCGUCUUUGUUGGACCCUAACCAUCAUCGUUUGUCCUGUGUGAAAUGGGCUUCAUAUCUGCAUUCUCUGUUAAUUAUCCUUACCACAAAUUAAAACGUCGAGGGAGUAAUAUUUGUCAUUUGAUGAAGAUAAUUCGUUGGUGACCAGAUUUUAUUUGAGUCUGAAUCGUCCGGAUAAUACAGCACUGCAAUCCAAAGGUGUGUGUUCCAAGUUUGGCACUCCCUGAUGCCUUCUACACUCCUAUUUAAACUAAGUGCAAUUGUAUUUUUAAUUCAAUGAAAUCACGCUUUAAAU